CCAACAAAAACACUCGUCAUCUGUCAAAACUGUCUUUAAAAUUUACCCAAAUCAUCCUCCAUAGCAAAUUAUUUUGUGAAAUAUUGCUGAAAAUAUGUCGAAAAUCAAUGAAGUGGCCGCUUUAUACAAGCAAUUAAAAUCAGAGUGGUCGGCGUCGUCCCCCAACUUGAGUAAAUGCGAGAAACUUUUGUCGGAUUUAAAGUUGGAACUUACAAAUCUGAUAUUCUUGCCUACGUCCAGCUCGACCGCGUCAAAACAAGAACUUUUACUAGCCCGAGAUAUUCUUGAAAUUGGGGUACAAUGGAGUAUAGCAGCAAACAACAUCCCAGCCUUUGAGCGAUACAUUGCUCAAUUAAAAUGCUAUUAUUUUGAUUACCAGAACUUGCUUCCAGAAUCGGCAUUUAAAUAUCAAAUUUUGGGUUUAAAUUUACUGUUUCUGUUGUCACAGAACAGAGUUGCUGAGUUUCACACUGAAUUAGAAUUAUUGCCAGCUAGUCACCUUCAGGAUGAUCUCUAUAUAAGACAUCCAUUGUCCAUUGAACAGUAUCUAAUGGAAGGUAGUUACAACAAGAUCUUCUUAGCUAAAGGAAAUGUGCCAGCCAAAAAUUAUAACUUCUUUAUGGACAUUCUUUUAGACACAAUCAGAGGUGAAAUUGCUGUCUGCUUAGAAAAGGCAUAUGAAAAGAUUUCCCCUAGGGAUGCUGCAAGAAUGCUGUAUUUACAAAAUGAGGAGGCUUUCAAUCAAUUUGUAAGUAGGAAUAAAAAAUGGAAAAUUGGGUCUGACAACAUGUUCCAUUUCGUCGCGGAAGAAAGGAAGACGCAUGAACCCAUCCCAUCAACUGAGUUGGCACAACAGGCCAUAGAAUAUGCUAAAGAGCUGGAAAUGAUUGUUUAACUUUCUAUAACUUUUUUAUAACAUAAUUUUACUAAUUAGUGUAAGUGAUGAAAAGAAUAAAUUAUAUAUAAAAAGUUA